GGUGCUCAUUCGUAUGGUCAGGCGAGAGAAUCGUGGAUGUAUGACCAUUACCCCACGCUUGCGUCGACCACGACGCAAUCGGGCACUAGCUCUACGACGACAGCUGCACAGCGGCAACCAGAUAGAGUGCUCGAUUGGUGGUGUUCCAUGCAUGGGGUUGAUGCAAAGGGACAGAGAAUCAUACCUGAUCCCGGAACAAAACAGAUAGCUAAUGCCAUUAUUGGCUUGAAGGAAAAGGAGGCAGCUGGUGAGUUCACUCCUAGAGGACAAGUUGAUGCCUUACACGAGACUCUAGGACGGGACCAGUAUGGACGUGUGAGGGGCGUAGGAGGUGUCCGCCUCGGGGUGAGAAAGGUGUAUGGUGAUCAAUACACCUCUACGUCCAGAUCCACUACCUCCAGUGUCAAUUCAUCACCUUCCAUAGAUGUGGAGGCUAUGAAAGCCGAACUUCGGGAGGAGCUCAGAGCGGAGAUGACUCAGAAUUUCAACGCCAUUUUGGCGCAGAUGGGCUUACCGACUUUUGGUGCUUUCACGCAGGGCAAUGUUCCUAUGCAGCCUGUUCCUACGCAGCCUGUUCCUACGCAGCCUCGUCCACAACCGGAGUUAACGGAAGAGACACCAUGUGAGCUAUGUAAUCAAGGAGAUGGUCAUGGUAGAUUCAUUAUCGUGGCUUAUGGAUCUGUACAGCCCCCUAGGGAUCGGCCACUAUUGCACAACCAGCCAGUAGCUGAUAUUCACUAUGUGGUCAGCGUUGAAGACAUUGUGACCGGUUUCGAAGCAUUUCCUCUUCCGCUGCCGAAUGCAGCAGUUGGUCUACAGUUAUUGUCUGAUUCCAUUGGCAGUUAUAUUCUAUGGCCGCGUGCAUUGGUGCGGUUAGCAUAUCAGGGUUCGGGGAAGGCCGACAGGAAGGGAAAGAAGGUAGCUUCACCUCAGGGAGGCCGACGUGCCCAAGUGGGAACGAAUUCUUAG